GUAAUUAAGAAUGCACCAGCUCAAAUUUAUGAUGUCGGUUGUUGUAGCAACCGUCUUCAGGCGCAAUAGUGUGGAUAUAGUCUAUCUCGGUUGUGUUGAUCGUAAUAGUAAAUAACUUAAAUAUUAGUCGCGAUAUGUUAAAUAUUUCUAAUUUGUCUGCGUUUCUGGUUUAUGUUCGCCUUGGAAAGUUUACGUAACGUUACGCUUAUGUGUCAGACUGCCGCUAAGUGCAAAGGCUAAAUGAGCACACCACAUCAACAUUGUGGCAAAUAACGCAGCCUUUAUUUGCGCCUCGUGUUUCGGUAGACAGCUGCUCGGUAUGUCGGCUGUCAGCAGCCUCGUGCCUGCCCGCUUCUUGACCAUUACAGCUCACCUUGUCAUCGUUAUCACGAUCUUUUGGUCGAGGGUAAGUAAACAGAUUGUAUUCACGCACUCUAACCCGGAAGUGAUAUAUUAAGUUCGAAUUGAUGUUGCAUCUGAGUUUUUUUUUUAAAUAUAUAUAUUUGCAUAUUUUACCAUUUAAUCCUCUCGCUUCCUUCUUGCUAUAUUAUUUUGCAUUUAGCAGUUAGUCCAAAUUAAUCUCCUUGUUGUUGUUUUCAGAGGUGCGUGUCUUUUAAAUAUGUCCCAAUUGUUUGUGGCCCAGUUUUCAUAGUACCGCUAGAGGGCAGUGUUGCGUAAGAAACACGUGAAGGUCCUCUCUCAAUUACUGUCCGUGUCCGGAACCCAUUGGAGAUUGGUCGUUAGUGAAACCGGACUGUAAUUAAGAAUGCACCAGCUCAAAUUUAUGAUGUCGGUUGUUGUAGCAACCGUCUUCAGGCGCAAUAGUGUGGAUAUAGUCUAUCUCGGUUGUGUUGAUCGUAAUAGUAAAUAACUUAAAUAUUAGUCGCGAUAUGUUAAAUAUUUCUAAUUUGUCUGCGUUUCUGGUUUAUGUUCGCCUUGGAAAGUUUACGUAACGUUACGCUUAUGUGUCAGACUGCCGCUAAGUGCAAAGGCUAAAUGAGCACACCACAUCAACAUUGUGGCAAAUAACGCAGCCUUUAUUUGCGCCUCGUGUUUCGGUAGACAGCUGCUCGGUAUGUCGGCUGUCAGCAGCCUCGUGCCUGCCCGCUUCUUGACCAUUACAGCUCACCUUGUCAUCGUUAUCACGAUCUUUUGGUCGAGGGAAAACAACGUGAGGGCUUGCUUGCCUUUGGAUUACACGCAGGAGCAGUAUGACGAUGAAGACCGGAAGUUGGUGGUGGCAUUGGCAGUCACCCUUGGUCUGUUUGCUAUCGAGUUGGCUGGGUUCUUCUCAGGAGUGUCCAUGUUCAACUGCAGCCAAGGUCUCCUGUCACUGGCUGUCCACUGCAGUGCAUCCGUAUCCUUGUCUUUCUUUGUGUUUGAGAAGUGGGAAUGCUGGACUUAUUGGGUUAUUUUUGCCAUCUGCAGUGUGCUACCUGCUUUUGUGGAGAUUCUUCUGUUUAUAGCUGUUUUUGGACUGAAGAAGAAGCCAUUAUGAAAGAAAGUACUUAUGUGAAAGUUAAAAAUGUUGUGUGAGAGUGAACACAAGUCUUAAUCAAGAGAUCAAUCAGUGUCAACAGAGACUGUGGCUCCAUAACGUCUGUGGUUCAUUAAUGAUGUACAGAGGAAGGGAUGGGGAAAACUGUUUAACUACUUCAUUACGUGCAUACGGUGAACCAACAAACAGGGACAACAAGCCGCUUGCUGCAAUAUUUUUAUACAUACACACAUAUUAACAAUGUUGCAGGAAAAAAGAAACAGUCAAGAAAUGUUUCAAAAGUUGUUAGUAGUAGCCUUAGAAUGCCAUUAUUGUAACCUCAAAUACAUGUUGUAAAAACUAUUUCUUA